CGAAGACAUUUCAUUCGCGGCCGGUCGACUCUCAGGGAGCACCUCGAAUCAACCGCGAGUGUUUUUGAUUUGAAAAAGCACCGACCCCGAGCUUUAAAAGAAACCGGCAGCAUGGAAGAGUCCUCUAAUCCACCGGUCUGGCGGCUCGUGCCCACGGCCGCAGCUCGGCCUGCGCGCGCACACGCACCUGAUGACCCCCGACUGCGACGGUAAGAUUUUUUUUAAUGCAUUUUAUAAAGGACCGUGUUCACCUGAGUUUUCCUUCAACAUUUUAAUUUCACUUUCUUUUUUUUAUUUCUCGUUCGCUCUCAAUAUUCUUUGUGUGCUAUACAAUAUACAAACAACACAGUUACAUGCAGACAUUCAGCUAAACAAAUAGAAGAUUAAAGCAACUGUAAGCACAUAACAUACAGAGCUGGACAACUAUAUCUUCAUACCUGAUUGUUACUGCAGUGUAGGGCUACAGGUUGUAUGGAUAACACAGAGUAGGUUUAAUGUGCAUUUAUUGAGUGCAUAUGUGCAAUACAGUCAGACCUAUGUGGCAAUGAAAUAAUCAAUAUGUACAUAUUGCAGUGUGUGUGUGUGUGUGUGUGUGACACUAUACAGCAGAACUGUACUUCCAUUCCUCUAAAAAUGAAUAAAUAAAAUAGAAUAUAGGGUCCUUGGCCCGUAAUGAUUGCUUAAAGUAAAUAAUGGCCAUGUAGUAUAAUCUACAUUAGUAGUCUAAAGCAUGACAGUAGUACGGUAAUAUAUUGUUUUCUUCUUGCCUUAAUAUUAUCUUCAUUCAUGAUUAUAGGCUGGUCAAAUAUUGAACUAACAGGUAAACGAUAUGGCGCUCUAUUGCAGAAUGUAUUAAAAGAAAGAAGAUACAAUUAAAGCUCGUAUUGCUAUAUCAUCUCUAAUUAAACUUUCACAGACAUUUGUUGUUGUUUUUUUUUAAUUUAAAAUGUUUUAUAUAUUUUUUAAUUAAUUAAUUAAUCAAUUCAUUUAGUGAUGCAUUUUUGCGCAAAAGACACAAGGUUGAAUGAUUUAUUAUUAUUAUUUAGUAAGACGAGAAAUCCUGAAGCUAAUAUGUACUCAAAGUCAGCCAAAUCAAAAGGAUAUAUUCCUAAAUUGCCGUCCUUCAUAAAAUCCCUACUUUGUGUUACAACCCUUCCACUAAUACAUAUCUAGGAGACUCCAAAACAUGGGAUGAAAUAUCUUAAUGGCAAUUAUGGGCAGGAAGAAUGAUUACAGCACCCCAAAAAAUAGUUCCAAUCCUCACAUAUACCUGAGUAUUGUUUUAGGACAGACUUGAAAAUGUGUGAAGUGACCCUUUAACUCUAGCAGCUGCCGCCAUAAAACACCGUCGCAGGGUCUCUCUGCCCGCCAGCCAGCCGAUGAGCAGCUUGAGAAGUCUACCAGUAGAAGUGUACCAGUAGAAGUCUACCAGUAGAAGUCUACCAGUAGAAGUCUACCAGGAGGUUUAUGAAUGAACAAGUCUAGUCCGUGUAGCCCGCACAGUGACGUCACACACGGGUCCCCGCAGUGCAGGCAGUCGAAGCUCCGGGACACCCAGCUGGAGGAGUGGGAGGAGAUCCUAGCAUCACCCCCCAUGCUCACUGACAGUCCGGGCUGCAGGAGAAACCUGACUAGUAGCACAGUUCCAUCACUGGACUUUUUUAAACUCACGAGCGGAAUAUAUAACGGGACCAACUUUGUUCAAGGCGCGGGCGUUUCUUCACUUCCUGCAGUGUAGGACUGUGUUUUUUAUUUUUAUUUUAAGAAAAACUGAUUAUUCGUUGCACGGUCUGUGAUUAUUUUUUGUAUCCAUGCAUGCGCAUCUUGAUAUCUUGGCUUGUAAUGGCUUGUGUGCCUGUGUGUGUCCAGAGCGCGCGCUUGUGUUUUUCAGUGUAGGUAGUUCUGGGUUUAUUUCAUCCGUGUCAUCCGUUUAAUGCGUGAGCGUGUAACUCUUUCGUGCGUGUAUGUGAGAUAAUUACAGAGAUGGAGCUCUGCGUGAAGGAUGUAGCUCCUCAAACAGUGAUCUCCGGAGCUGUGCAGUGCUGUGAACCAGCGCCCUCUCCUGGCGAAUGCAAGAAACGUGUCCGCUCAAGUUACUCCCGAUAGGCCAGAAUGUAUUACAGAUGCAGAUGCAACCACGUGCUCUGAGCCUCGGUUUCACAGAUGUUCACCUGGAUUACAAGCAUCCCUUUUGUAUAUUGUUUUUUUUAAGUGCUGAUUUUUGCUAAACCAAUACAAGAACUAUUUAGAAUAAUGUAAUGUGUUUAAUCAAAUUCGUGCUUCCAUUUACUUUGUAGAGUGGUUUGUACAUUCCUUCUAUAGAAACGUUGGCAAUGUACUUUAUGCAUCCCAGAGGUAGGGUGUGUUUUAAUAUUUAACAGCCUCAUAAUAAAGACCUAAUAUCCAAUCUUCUAUACCACACCUAACUAGUAAAACAAGUGUUUUGCCCCGGAGCACCUUCCUCAUCGCCAGUGUUAUGAUGUCUUUUUUGUCACAAAUGUGCACAUGUGUGUCUUCAAAGUGGCCUCCUGCUGUGCCGAGAGUCACAUCUACCUUUGAUUUAUGAAUGAACACGCAGGCUUUAGAUGUGCGUGUCCUGUCUCUGGGCGCGAAGCCAGCGGUGGAUCAGAGAGACAUGGAAGCCGUCAAUCGAGGCUUAGCAUCCCCCCCCCGACUCCACUGCAGACUACGGUCCCCCGAAACCUGCUAUCCCACCAGGCUGACUUUAAGGCCCUGUUAGAAAUUUCCCAAAGGUUUAGUGUCUGGUCUGAUAAAGAAAGGUGCCUGUAGGAUAGCGUUGCAGCAGGAGCAGGUCCAAGCUGACCGGCACUCACUCUGGAAACUGCUUCGCCGUUCUUUUAAUCCUGUGCAGUAUGUAAUAAUCCCAAAAAUGGCGUGAAGGGAUGAGUGAACAUUUGCGGGAAGGGAGAGUUCUUUUGUUGUUUUUUCUUGCUCUGUCCUUUGUGUUAGAGUCUCAGAGUCCAUGCAGGUGCAGGUCAGAGAGAGUUCACCCUGCUUUGUCCACAAAAGCUCAGGACUGUAUGUUCAGUACAUAGAUGGCUACAUAUGUGGCUGCUUGUGUGGGCUCUAUGUGGGGGAACCAGAACUACAACCAGUCCAGUCCCACAGUUCGUCUUUAUGUCCGUGCCAGUUACCCAACGAUGCAUCCGGACAUCUGCCCAGCAAUGAGUUAUCUUUGUCUCUCUGAGGCUUCCUGUGCUGUGGGGAGCAUUCCCCAUGAAAAUCCAGUGCAAAAAUCACCAGCGAGAGCAUACUAACCCUUAAGGUUACAACAAUACGUCGGUUGCGUCUUUAUAGUUCUGGUCACAAAAAUGUUUUAGACUUGAGGAAGUAGAGUACCUAAAAGUGCUACACAUCCCCCCCCCCCCCAAUGCACCCUGUUUUAUGACCUUUUAAAAUCCCCCACCAUGGACACACACUCAAUCUAUGAGAAAAAAAAAUAGUUAGGAAUGUUGAAAAUAAACAUCUGAUCAUGUCGAACUAUUUCGGUAAAACAAACAAAACAAUGCGACCUAAUUUAUCAAUUGUCUGACAAAUGCCAACUCAUGGCCCCAUAUUGCACGGCUCAAAAACGGUGUUUAAUUUCUGCUUUAAUACAUGGUUCUCUUUCCUCUCUGUACAGGUAGCUGGAGUAGUCCUGGAGGAAAAGGUACACACUCAGCGUGAGGAGACCUUGGCUACGAUCCACGACCACCCCUCCCCCUCUUCGUCCUCCUCUCCUCCUCCCUUCGACUGGCACAGAGAAGAGUCUGAGAGAGCGAGCGAGGGAACGUGGGAAAGAGGAAGACAAUGUACCAAACGCUGCUUCUCUCCUCCUUCGUCCUUCACGUGAUGGCCACUCCGCAGUUCUUCGCUCACCACGGGAGGAGGGUGUGCGGCCGAGACCUCCGUCACAGCGUUGCAACGGCAACAGAGUCGUACGUCCAGCCGGUGCACAAGCCCUACAUCACCCUGUGUCAGGGGCAUCGCCUCUGCAGCACGUACAAGACUGUGUACUUGGUGGCGUACCGGCAGGUGAGCAGAGCAGCACCUCCUUUGCAUCUCUACUCAGAGUGCUGCCCCGGCUGGAGGAGAUUUCACUCUCACAACUGCAACCAAGCUGUGUGUGGACAAUCCUGUGAGAAUGGAGGUACCUGCUUAAGACCCAACCAGUGUGCUUGUCUGCUAGGCUGGAAGGGGCCUCAAUGCAUAACAGAUGUGGAUGAGUGUGGCGAGCAGCAGCCGUGCGCCCAGGUGUGCCUGAACACAGCUGGCAGCUAUCGAUGUGCGUGCAGAGACGGCUUCAGGCUUGCCGGAGAUGGACGUUCCUGUCAAAGCCUCCCUCCUCCUCCUCCUCCUCCUCCUACUACUAUUCCUCCUUCUCCCACCCAGACCAGCCAGGCAACAGUGGGUGGUCACACCGAUGCGGGUGGAGGGUUCAGCCAGAUGGAGAACGUGACGGAGGAGGUACAGAGCCUGAGGAACAGAGUCGAGCUCCUGGAAAAGAAGCUGCAGUUGGUGUUGGCCCCCUUCAGCAGCUUCUUCCCACUGUCGCUGGACGAGCGCUGGUCGGAGAAAACCACCUUACUGUCCCACUCCUUCCAGCAGCUCGACCGCAUCGACUCCCUCAGCGAGCAGAUUGGCUUUCUGGAGGAGCGCAUCGGCACAUGUUCUUGUCAGGAGAAUUAGCCACCGAACAUGGCCGCCCGCAAUAAACACUUCCAGACAUCUCCCAUGAAGUUAAUAAUGACACAAACCUCCUACAGAUUGUACGCAUUGCACCAAGAUGGCCGACCUUUUUUUUCAAGAAGGGGAUGGCAGAAAGCAGAAACCGCCUCAGUGACGCAAUCACCGCACAAAUCAUCAUGUGUGAUUUUCACUACUCCCAGCAGCUUCAUGUACUGCUCUUGUUGAAUCACUGUCAAAGAUCUUGAUGUUGUAGGAGUACCUGUGGCAGGGCCAGUUUCAGCAUUACAUCAUCAUCCCUGUGACAUCUGACUCCAACCCAGUGAGCGUCAAACUGGCCACUUUGCUUCUGUUUGUUUUGCGUCGGUACAGCUGUGUCCUCUGUCUAAAGCCCAAACUGUCCCGGGGGCAGACAUGGACAUCUGUAUUUAUCUAUUUAAAUUAUGAUUACGUCUAGUUAUUUUCUCUGUGCUCCAACAGACAUUUUUACCUAGUUUUGUAACAUUUUGUAAUAAAAAAAAAGUCUUAAUCAAAAA